AGGCAAUGUGAUCUGGGUGAGGUACAGGCAAAUAGAAUAAGAGGUCAAUAAUAGAAUAGAUUCAUUUGGAUCCUGCAUGGCAACAGUUGGUUUCUGAUGGAGGGGGGUUUUCAUGUCGUCCAUUGUCGUGGCGAUAGAGGCGGUAUAGGGGGUGCGGAUGAAGGGGAGGGGGAUGUGGAGGAGCGAGAAACAUGGACCAACGGACAGACAGACACAGACGUUGCCUUGGAUGUGAGUGGAUGGAAUGGAGGGAGAGGGGCGGGAAUACCGGAUAAGGCAGGCGCAAAGAGGAGAAAGACAUGGCCGUUCAGGACUCACCUAUCAUAUGCUGGGUCACCGGGCUGCGAAACAGCUUGUCGAGGCUCCUGUUGGAGUAGGUCUUUGGCUCUGCGAGUGAGGGCAUGUUGUUGGUGAUGAUGGUGGUCGACUAUGGUGGUGCUGUAUGGGUGGACGGGUUGGUAGCACGAGAGAAAGAAAGAGAAGGAACUGACGAGGGCGAAAGGAAGCUGAGUCGAGAGUGAAGGGAGAAAAGGGAAGGAAAAGGGAAGGAAAAGGGAAGGAGGGGAGGACAAGGAAAGAAUUUAUACCAAAGC